GCCUAAACCUAGCCAUAGCGUUUGUCUUCCGUGAUCACAAACCGCCAUCAACAUCUUCGAGUCUCGGCAUCAGCGCCUCGAUCCAUCGCCUUUCCUUCUGGCCACCUCUCGCACGUCUCUAGCCCUUCUGGACGCCAGCCUCCCCCGCUAGUCUAUUCGCUUGUGCAACACUAUGUCGAAGGCUGCCGAUACCCCGCCAAUCGAACCCGUAGAUAGUGCGACACUCCCUGCUCCGGGAGAGGUCGCGGAGCCGGCCGUGGGCACUAACGCCGAGGAGCCUGGCCUCCAUCCGCUCGGUGACGAAGGGGAAGAAAGUGACGAGUACGAUGACAUUGAGAACGAGGAGGACGAGGAGGCAGGUGGCUUCGAGGACGACGACGAAGAUGGCGAAGAGGAAGACAAUAGCAAAGAGGCGAAUGAUAAAGGUAGCUUGACUGCUCUUCUCUUGGGAGGAAGCCAGGGCGGCGCCGAGGAGGAAGAGGAGGAGGAUUACGAGGAAGACGUGGAAGAGAACGUUACCGCCAAAGGUGACGGACCCAAGCCCACUGAAGGUCUGGCAUCCGUCGGAGCUAAGCGCGGGCGGGAGGAAUCGGCCGAGGCUCCCAACGGCGGCGCAGCACAGGAUGCGAAGAAGGUCAAGAUGUGAAGCUGUUCGUUCAGCGGAUCAAGGGCCGACCGAUCGACAUUUUUAUUCUUUCAAUAUUGACGCGCUUUGAACCUUGUUGUGCGGGUUGUUUGCUUGUUUGUCUUGUCCGCCCAUCUCUGAAGUCGAUCGGCCCACUCGUAACCAUGUACUGACGUUGUGUAACGAUAUACAGAAAUUGAAGUCUACAAUUUGGUCUC